UGUAGGCUAAUCCAUUGCUAGCAACCUGCCGCUGCUAGCUGCUGAUGUUUACUUUCAAUACAGCCGUCAUUUUUCAUCAAGGACAUUGUAAUCGCUAGCAAAAAUGAACUAACAUAGCCACCAAAGACCGCUUUCUCUUUUGUUUUGUGCACGCAGCACAUACCAACACAUUGGUGUUGGCGAACGGCGAGGAUUGCCUGGUGUUUAGCCGUGGCAUUUGCAUCUUUACAACUGGGAUUGCAGCCUGGCCUCUUGCCCGUGCUGCGAAAUUCAUUUCCACCAUUGUCCUUUACUUGAAAUCAUGUUUAUUUCACAACGAUGGCUGUGAGGGGGACCCUGUAAACUAAAUGACUGUCAGAAAUAUCGCCUCCAUUUGUAAUAUGGGCACCAAUGCCUCUGCCCUGGAAAAAGACAUUGGGCCAGAGCAGUUCCCCAUUAAUGAACACUACUUUGGAUUGGUCAAUUUUGGGAACACGUGUUACUGUAACUCGGUGCUGCAGGCGCUGUACUUCUGCCGGCCGUUCCGGGAGAACGUGCUGGCGUACAAGGCCCAGCAGAAGAAGAAGGAGAACCUGCUCACCUGUCUGGCCGACCUCUUCCACAGCAUCGCCACGCAGAAGAAGAAGGUGGGCGUCAUCCCGCCCAAGAAGUUCAUCUCGCGCCUGCGCAAGGAAAAUGACCUGUUUGAUAACUACAUGCAGCAGGACGCGCAUGAGUUCCUGAACUACCUGCUGAACACCGUGGCUGACAUCCUGCAGGAGGAGAAGAAACAGGAGAAGCAGAACGGACGCCUGAAGAACAACGGCACGACCGCCAUCACCGGCGACAACACCGUCAACGCGGCCGACGCCGACAACAAGGCCGAGCCCACGUGGGUGCAUGACAUCUUCCAGGGCACACUGACCAACGAGACGCGCUGCCUCAACUGCGAGACGGUCAGCAGCAAGGAUGAGGACUUCCUUGAUCUGUCUGUGGACGUGGAGCAGAACACGUCAAUAACACACUGCCUCAGGGACUUCAGUAAUACAGAGACUCUGUGCAGUGAGUAUAAAUACUACUGUGAAACAUGCUGCAGCAAACAGGAGGCCCAGAAAAGGAUGCGGGUGAAGAAGCUGCCCAUGAUCCUGGCCCUGCACCUGAAGCGCUUUAAGUACAUGGAGCAGCUGCACCGCUACACCAAGCUGUCCUACCGCGUGGUCUUCCCCCUGGAGCUGCGCCUCUUCAACACCUCCGGCGACGCCAUCAACCUCGACCGCAUGUACGACCUGGUGGCCGUGGUGGUCCAUUGCGGCAGUGGGCCGAACAGAGGACAUUACAUCACCAUAGUGAAGAGCCACGGCUUCUGGCUGCUGUUUGAUGACGACAUAGUGGAGAAAAUCGAUGCACAGGCCAUCGAGGAAUUCUACGGCUUGACUUCUGACAUUUCCAAGAAUUCCGAGUCUGGAUAUAUUCUCUUCUACCAGUCCAGGGAAUAACAAACAAAAGAGGAAGAAAGGAAGACAGAGAGCGAGAGAUAGCGAGAGAGAGAGAGCGAGAGAGAGAGAGCACACAGAGGGAGGGAGGGGAAAGGAACAUAAACAAGUUGACUCGAACCCCUUAAACCUAACCCCCAAACGCCC